AGAGAGAGAGAGAGAGAGAGGGGGGGGGGGGGGGGGGGUUGAUCUGGAUGAAACAGACUUGUGCACAAGCCUAUCACACCCAGCAUGGAGGUGUUGACAGAGCAGGACGUCCAAAAGUAUCGGCAGGACGGGUAUUUGGUGCUGGAUGGCUUUCUGUCUCCAGAGGAAUGUGACGCGCUUCGAGAGCGCAUGAGCGCGAUCAUUGAGCGCAUGGACGUGCCCGCGCACUGCAGAACUCAGUUCUCCACCGACCACGACGAGCAGCUUAAAACACAGGGAAAUGCAGAUUACUUCAUCACAAGUGGAGACAAGAUUCGCUUUUUCUUUGAGAAGGGAGUGUUUGAUGAUGAAGGAGAGUUUAUCAUUCCAAAAGAAUGUUCGAUCAACAAAAUUGGACAUGCUCUCCAUGCUCAUGAGCCGCUGUUUAAAACCAUCACCCAUUCAUCAAAAGUUCAAAAUUUGGCUCAGAAGCUUGGACUAAUAAAUCCAGUUAUUCUGCAGAGUAUGUACAUUUUUAAGCAACCAGGCAUUGGUGGAGAAGUGACACCUCACCAGGACGCCACCUUCCUGUACACGGAGCCUCUGGGAAGAGUAAUGGGGAUCUGGAUCGCUCUGGAGGACGCAACCAUUGACAAUGGGUGUCUGUGGUUCAUACCAGGAUCACAUAACAGUGGAAUUAGCAGGCGUAUGGUACGGACACCUAAAGGCACGUUUCCUCUGACUGAUUUCAUUGGCCGAGAACAGAACCAUGAUGAGAAACUUUUCAUCCCUGCUCCAGUUAAAAAGGGAGGAGCGGUUUUAAUCCAUGGUGAGGUCGUCCACCGCAGUGCUGAAAACACAUCGGAUCGCUCGCGUCAUGUUUAUGCCUUUCACAUUAUGGAGUCUGAAAACACCUCUUGGAGUCCAGAGAACUGGCUUCAGCCGACAGAUGAACUGCCCUUUCCUUCUCUCUACACAUAAACAUUAAGAAGAAAUCUGGUUAUAGAAGAACAGUUCCUAUACGCCUUUGUUAAUGCCUGUUUGUUUAACAAUUAUACAUACAUUUAUGUAAAUGGACCAAAGUAAUGGAUCUUUAAAAAAAAAAGUGAGUUAAUUUUAAAUAAUUAUGUUUCACAUGUAGUCACAACAGUGUUAAUAAAAGGCUAUCUUUA